AUGUCAGGAAGUGAUCCACAGGUCCUCACCGGUUCCAUGGGAUUGGACUAUACGUCUUUGGGAUUUGGCUGCUGGCAAGACGAUGGUCACGCUUACGCAUCACAAGAAGUCUGUCCGUGCUCUCACGCUUCUCCAUACCAUUUUCCAGAUGCAACAGCUCAAGAACCCAUGUCCUCCACUUCACCCAAAUUAAGCAUGUAUUUAUUGGCGAGCUUGCCAGAAUAA